CUAAAGGCUAGAGCUAAUGGUUCCCUGGUUCCUGCUAAUGGGACCACAGAAUGACCUCUACCAUAAGGAACAGUUUUGAGAGUGGAAGAAAUAGGACACCGCUCACUCAUGAGGUCAGUGAUUCAAAUGAAUCUCUCCAAAAUCAAAGAGAGGACCUACAAGGAAAACAUUCAAAACGUGCCCUCCAGAUGAUCCCAGACCACGACGACUCCUCGGCCUUCAGCGACAGUGCUGCCCAAUCCGGGGUCUCCCCAGAGGAUGAGGAAGAGGAGACACCCCAGGAGAGCAAGAUGAAGAAAAGGCUCCUCCCCCAGUCAUGGAGGGGCCUCUUCAGGAAGUGGAGAAAGGGUGAUGACAUCACUGCUUCUCAGCAGGGCUCCGUGGAUGAGAGGAUCCUUCCCAACGGAACCCGGGUCAGCCCCCCCGUUAGCCCCCUGCUGGACCGCAGGUUCGGGGAGCCCGAGGACUCUCUCAGGUCCAGCAGGAGCUCCCGCAAGCCACUGCUAACGGACAGCCCCACAGGGUGCUCCUACCGAGAUGCCCUGUUCCACGACUCCAUCGGGGGGUCGGAGCUGACCAGCAUCCACCCAGCGGAGUACUACGCAGAGAAACUGGAGGUGUACCAGCAGAAGUACUCCUACCUGAAGUCCUGGCCAGGCCUGCUGAGGCUGCUGGCGGGGCUGCAGCUCCUCUUCGGGGGCAUGGUGUUCGCCUGCGUCUGCGCCUACAUCCAGAAGGACAGCGAGUGGUACAACCUCUACGGCUUUAACGCCCCCAGCUACUCCUACAGCGGCUACUACUACCGCGGGCCCAUGACCGCGUUCGUGCUGGCGGUGGCCGGCCUGGCCUGGAUCGUCACGGUCAUCCUGCUGGUGCUGGGUCUCACCAUGUACUACCGCACCAUCCUGCUGGACUCCCACUGGUGGCCCCUGACCGAGGCCGCCCUCAACGUCAGCCUCUUCCUGCUCUACCUGGCCGCAGGUAUCGUCUACAUCAACGACCUGAACCGGGGCGGGAUGUGCUACAUGACGGUGGGUUUUAACCCGCUGGUGUCCACCCUGUGCCGGGUGGAGGGGGGCCAGAUGGCGGGCACGGCCUUCAUCUUCAUCAACAUGCUCCUCUACCUCAUCAGCUUCCUGGUGUGCCUGAAGAUGUGGAGGCACGAGGUGGCACGGAGGUGGAGGGGGAACCCCGAAACUGAGCCCCCACCCCUCCAGCCUCCACACUCCACCAGCACCACCCACAGCAGAUCCAGGAGGAUCACAUUUGAGGAUGAGGAGGAUGGGAAUGUGAUGAAGAGCAGGCAGAUCCCUGUCCCAGAGUCAGGUGACGGCGUGGCCACCCUGAAUAGAGCCAUUCCCACCGGAUAUGUCCCAAAGCCCCGGGUCAUUCCAGACUACAUCAUGAAAUACCCUGAUAUUCACACACCAGAGGAGAGGGAGAAGUACAAAGCGGUCUUUAAUGACCAGUACCAGGAGUACAAGCAAUUGCACAGGGACAUCAGCGCCACCCUGAGGAAAUUCAGUGAACUGGACGCUGCAAUGAGCAGGCUGCUCAACAAAGUGAACAGCCGAGAGGAACAGGAAAGAAUCAAUCAGAUGCUGAAGACAUACAACACGAAAAAGAAUGAACCUGCAUUUUUAGAGAAAAAGGAACGCUGCGAUUACCUGAAGGCCAAACUGAACCAUAUCAAGAGCAGGAUCCAAGAGUUUGACCGGACCGCGAUGGCGAAGAGCGGGCCCUGAGGACACGGACCGAGCGCAAGCGCGCACACGGACUCGUUCUGACUGCACAGCGCUGUCUCUCAUUUUGCCCCUAUAUCGCUGCCUAAGGCCUUUGCUUAGGAACUAGGCUACUUUGA